AUGUCCUCCAUCACGCUCUACGAUGUGGCUGUUCCCACGUUCACACGUGGCCUCAAGACGCUCGACCACAUCCUGACGAAGGCCGAGGAGUAUGCCAAGGAGAAGGGCAUCGACGCCGAUGCCGAGUUUAUUCAGGCCCGCCUCAUCGAAGACCAGUUUCCACUUCUCUUCCAGGUCCAGAACUCGACCCGGAAUGUGAAGACCUACGUCGACCAUCUGACCGGCAACAUAUCAGAGCCGUUCACAAACAGCGAGAAGACGUUUGCCGAGCUGCAUACGCGCAUUAGUGCCACCCUGGAGCUACUGAAGACGGUCAAGCCGGACGUCGCAAACGCACGGGGCGGGACCAACACGGCCGAUUUCACCGUCGGUGGCAAGGAAAUCCAGUUGACGAUAACGCAAGCUGUGAUCCAACAAGGAAUCCCCAACUUUAUCUUCCACGUCACCACUGCGUACUCUAUUCUGCGGGCCAAGGGUGUGCCUGUCGGCAAGUCGGACUACAUCUCCAGCUUCAUUUUCAACUAG